AUGCUGCCGGCUCUUCUCCGCCCCGGGCGGCUGCUCUCCGCCGCGCCGCUCCGCCCGCCCGCUCCGCGGGGAGCCGCCGCCGCCGGGGAGCCCGCCCGCAGCCCGGGCACCGCCCGCGCUGAGCAGGCUCACAAGGUGGUCGCAAGUUACAAACCUUCGAAGUUUGACAAAAAAAUCCUCAUCUGGACUGGACGUUUCAAGACAGAAGAAGAGAUUCCUCUGAGAAUCCCGCCAGAGAUGCUAGACAAGGCAAGAAACAAAGCUCGAGUGAAAGCUUGUUACAUCAUGAUUGGACUCUCAAUUGUUGCCUGCUUUGCAGUGAUUGCUUCAGCUAAAAAGGCUGCUGCACGGCAUGAGUCCCUAACAAGCUGGAACUUGGCAAAGAAGGCCAAGUGGCGGGAGGAGGCUGCGCUAGCCGCGGAGUCAAAGGCAAAGUAACUUCAUAUGAAACGCCAAAUGCCCUUCUAGGAGCCAAAUUAACUGUUGCUGAGAGUGAUUAGUGAGUUUCACCCGUAAAUGGACAACAAUAGUAUGCACACACAGUAAGGGUAGUUAGGGCAUCACAAAAAGAAAGGGAGGGUCUCUUUUAUUAGGGGGAUAUUUGGUGUAUGUGUUGCAUAUAGUUAAAAUUAGUUAGAAUAUUUUGCAUAUGCUUAAAAGCAGUCAUUCAUUUUAAAGGAGAGGAGGUAGUUUUGUAACAAUAUCAGGCAUCUUUGGUUAGAUAAUGCCUAGUUUUUCAGCACACAAAUCAGCCAGUUUGAACUUACUCG